AUGUCGUCGCAGCUCCAGGCGUUCUCCUCUCCCUCCGUGUCCUCCAGUGCCUACUCUCGCUCAAAGAGGCUCAAAGUGGAGAACCCCUCCUGGGAAGCGUCGAACCAGCAGGGAGAUAAUGGUUACUACCAGCAGAGCCCGUCCCAGGCAGCCGCGCCCUCCACUACUGACUCCAACUUCAACCAUGUGUACAGCUCCAACCAGGCGCAGCCGCCCACUGCCGGCUCCAGGGAGCAGACGGUGGUGCGGGCGGCAGACAGCACGGGCAGCCUCCGCGGACCUCCGUCCUCCUCGUCCUCCACCGCCUCCUCCUCCGGCCGGCGCGUGAAGGACGCGGAGUCCUCCUCCCACCCGUGUGACCUCUACCACAAGCAGUACAGCCUGAAGAGGAAGAGCGAGGAGGUGGACAGCAGCGACAGCGUCCAGAUCCUGGAGGAGCUCUCCGCCCCCGUGGUCUCAAACCGCGCGGCCGGUGGAGGGGGGACCACCACGGCUCAGUCCAUAGCACACUCGACUUCUACAACCAAGAGCAGCAACUCCCACAGCGAGGGCGACUACCAGCUGGUGCAGCAUGAGAUCCUGUGCUCCAUGUCCAACAGCUACGAGGUGCUCGAGUUCCUGGGACGGGGGACGUUUGGUCAGGUGGCAAAAUGCUGGAAGAGGGGAACCAAUGAGAUAGUGGCAAUUAAAAUUCUGAAGAACCACCCCUCUUAUGCCCGGCAAGGUCAAAUUGAGGUGAGCAUCCUCAGCAGGCUGAGCACGGAGAACGCCGACGAGUUCAACUUCGUGCGCUCCUACGAGUGUUUCCAGCACAAGAACCACACGUGCCUCGUGUUCGAGAUGCUGGAGCAGAACCUCUACGACUUCCUGAAGCACAGCAAGUUCAGCCCCCUGAUGCUCAAGUGCAUACGGCCCAUCCUGCAGCAGGUGGCCACGGCGCUGAUGAAGCUGAAGAGCCUGGGCCUGAUCCACGCCGACCUGAAGCCCGAAAACAUCAUGCUGGUGGAUCCUCUGCGGCAGCCGUACAGAGUGAAGGUCAUCGACUUCGGCUCGGCCAGCCACGUGUCCAAGGCGGUUUGUUCCACCUACCUGCAGUCGCGGUACUACAGAGCUCCAGAGAUCAUUCUGGGCCUUCCUUUCUGUGAAGCCAUCGACAUGUGGUCUCUGGGAUGUGUCAUCGCUGAGCUGUUCCUGGGAUGGCCUCUUUAUCCCGGGGCCUCCGAGUACGAUCAGAUUCGUUACAUUUCCCAGACUCAGGGCCUUCCUGCAGAGUACCUGCUGAGUGCAGGAACAAAGACCAGCCGCUUCUUCAACAGGGGGCCCGACUCGAGCUACCCCCUCUGGAGACUCAAAACGUCUUCAGAGCACGAGGCGGAAAUGGGCAUCAAGUCAAAGGAGGCGAGAAAAUACAUCUUCAACUGUCUCGACGAUAUGAUGCAGGUGAACAUGACAACCCUGGAGGGCACGGAUAUUUUAGCCGAGAAAGCCGACAGGCGAGAGUUCAUCGACCUGCUGAAGAAGAUGCUGACGCUCGACGCGGACAAACGAAUCACGCCCAUGAAGACGCUGAACCACCCGUUCGUUACCAUGACGCACCUGCUGCACUUCCCUCACAGCUCGCAUGUGAAGUCCUGCUUCCAGAAUAUGGAUAUAUGUAAACGCAGAUGCAGCGCCUUUGAGAACGGGAAAAACAUGUUCGCCAGCAACAACACCCCGAGUGCAGCCACCAACCUCACGGUCACCUUCAGCAGCCAACUCAACCAGCACAAUCAGAUGGCGUCGACGGGAGGCCAGUCCCUGUCCCUCAGCAGUAACGUCCCUCUGCUGAACUACCAGCCCGGCCUCUACCAGCAGGCCACCAUAAACAUCCCGGGCCUGACCCAGCAGGGCGUCCCGCUGCAGACCAGACCCACGCAGCUCUGCACCCAGACCGAGCCUUUCCAGCAAACACUCAUAGUGUGUCCCCCAACCAUCCAGGGUCUUCAAACAUCCAGUAAGCCGUCUGGUUACCCAGUGAGGAUGGAAAACUCAGUUCCUUUAGUUCCUCAGAACCAGUCCUCCCAGUCUCUUCACAUCCAGCCCGGCAUGCUGACACAGCAGGGCUGGCCAGCUGGCACACAGCAGAUCCUCAUCCCUUCCACAUGGCAGCAGAUGCCUGGCAUGGCGAUCCACAACCCGGGGCAGGCUGUGGUGCCCGAAUCACCCAUGGGUGCUCCGAUUUCUGACAGCCAACAAGCUUCAGGCUGGAGGGGUCGUCAUGGAAACCAGUACGAUGCAGUCAGUCAGCAGGACUCUGGGGUCGGCCGUCACGCUGCCUCACAGAACCACAACUCAGGAGCCGCUCCCACAAGAGCCCAGCAGGGGAAGAGGUCAAAGGCUCGACACGCAGAGAGCAGAGCCAGGCCUGUGUCAUCCACUGUGGUCCACAACACGUCUGCUUAUGCUGGUGAUCAGUCUCAGCCCAUCGUCAUCUCCGACACGCCCAGUCCUGCUGUCAGCAUCAUCACCAUCCACAGCGACUCAGAGGACGAAGAUGACAGGAAGUUCCCCGCUGCCUGCUCUGGAACAAGCCAGAGGCCAAACGUGAUCAGCUGUGUGACCGUACACGACUCUCACGACUCAGACUCCUCCACCAGCAGCCCCCUGAGCCCGAAGACCACCUCACAGCCCGCCAAGUCUCUGGCUGUCAUCAUGCCCUCUGUGAAGAGCCAGCCGGUGGAGAGCACAACGCACAAAGCGCCGGCAGCUCCAGGUCCUCAGUCCACAGCGGCGGAUCAACCUACAAGCGGCUCUGGAAAGUCCAAGAAGGGGUCAGGUCAGCAGUCCAGUCGGUCGGGAGAGUCCAGCACUGAUCGGCAACAACGAGCCGCAUCCAGCCGGUCUCAGCCUCUGAACCUCAGUCAGGUACAGCAGUCUGUACUGUCAUCAUCCAACGACCAAACAGGAAGCGUCAGUUCCCUGAGGCGUCAGCCCACAUACCCGCCUCCCGUCUCCUCGCACUCAUCCUACCGACUUCACGAGAACCCUCUCUUCACCUCGACCCCCAACCUGUACGCCUACCCGGCCUCGGCGGCGCUGGCGUCUGUGUCCCAGGCGGUGGAUCAGAUGCAGGGCGUGUCGUCGCGUCACAACAGGGCAGGCGGGGCGUACUCCUCUCUGGCUCUGCUGCAGAAGAGCGGCAGCCUGGCCCUGGGAGGGUCUGCUGCGGGACAGUACGGAAACCCCCAACAACAACAACAGCAACAGCAGCAGCAGCAGCAGACGAUGCCGCUGGGAGGGACACCUUUCCAUCACUCCAGUGCUUCUUACACGCGGAAACUGAACCAGUAUCCCUACCUGUGAUGAACUGACCUGAAGCUCUGCAUGAAGACCAAAUGGAGACCGACACUAGAGAGGAGCACAAGCUCACGAGGACUGACUGUGGUUAGACUUCUUUUUCCUUCUCUUUUCCUUACCGAUCAUGUCUUAUUCCUCUGGUUACACAGAAUGUCAUCAUCAAUUUGAAUAUUUAUCAAAUGUUCUAAUUUAUAGAAAAGUCUGAUUUAAUUAGGGCUGCACGGCGGUCCACAGCGAGAAGGUUCCUGGUUUGAAUCCCUGUCGGACUGGAGCCUCUCUGUGUGGAGUUUUGCAUGUUCUCCCCGUCCAUGUGUGGGUUUACCUCGGGGUACUCGGGCAUCCUCCCACCGUCCAAAGACAUGCUCGAUAGGUUCAUUUGUGACUAAAUUGCCCGUAAGUGUGAAUGUGAGUGUGGCUGGUUGUCUCUAUAUGUCAACCCUGGGAUUGACUUGCGACCCCGCCUCUCGCCCAAUCACAGCUAGCCCCUCGCGACCCUCAAACAGGAAGCUGUAUAGAUAGUGGAUGGAUGGAUGGAGUUAAUUACAGCUUGUUCAAAAGCAACAAUCACUGCAGUCUGUUAAUAACAGUUACACAUUCCCUCUUUUUUUUUUUUUUGCUCGGUUUUCCAAUUCAUUACAUUUUGAAAAGACACAACAAGUAUGCAGUUAGAAAGCUGACCUUCUGCUUUGUUUCUGGGUACUUACUUCAAAUAACAUGAGCAGAAACGGCAGCCAUCUUUAAUUACAUUCCCUACAUUUCUGGGAAAACAAACUUAAAGCAGUAAAUUCUACGUCUUACAGACUGCAGUGUUCAUUUUUUAACAUUUUAAAGCCUAAGUUUUUAUUUGACACAUGUUGGUGAACUGGAAACUGCUGCUCUUUGUUUAAGGUAAAAUCAUAAUCAUGACUUUUAUUAUGAGUAUCAAAAUCAUUUAAAGUUGCUUUUACAUUCUCACAAUCGCCUUACUUAUUUGUAGUAAUAACGUCUUUUAUUUGAACCUUUAAUACGUAAGGAUGUGGUGAUACUAUGGAUCAUGUUGUGUGUUUUUAUUUGAAUGUACCUUCUGUGUGUGUGUGUGUGUGUGUGUGUGUGUGUGUGUUUUAUCUGUAAUGGAAACAAUGAUGAAGGUGAGCUAUGUACUGUACUGUAUAAUGACGUGUCACUGUGUCCUUCAAAUGUUUUCCAUGUCGAUUCUUUUUUUACGUUUUGGAUUAUAUUUAUAUGUUGUGUAUGGUGAAGAUUAGGGUGUUGUAUUUAGAGAGGAUCGCUGUUUUGGGUUUUUUUUUACACUUCAAAGUAGUUCUUAAGGUUGCAUGUGUCUGACACGGAGUAGCAUUCAGGACAACGUCAUAAACCGGGGCUUCGCUUAUUUUCAGUGUCGCUUUGCAGAAAAAAAAAUGUUACAAUUGACUUGAAGACGGACACGUUAAAGAUUUGGAGGAAAAAGUGAAAUAAGCUUUUGUCUUGUGAAGUGAUGUUUGUGAAGUGCACAUAAAAAUCUGAUUGGAUUUCAGGCUACCAUCAAACUCAGAGCCGUUUAGGUUGCAACUCACAGUGAUGUGUUUUGAUUUGUGAUUAAAUAAAACCUGACAAAUAUAAUUUAUUGAAAAAAAAAAAAAGAAAUUGAUGUUCAGUAUGUAACCGCUUCUAAAAUCAUUGGUUUCAGUGAUAUGAUGGUUGUUUUUACAAUCCUGCUGUGUUGUGAAGUGCUACAUUACAUGGGACACACACAAUGAACCUUAACCCUUAAACACGCAAUAAAAUCUUCUCCAAACAGAAA